AUGGCACCCACCACAGGUGCUCUCUGUCCUUUGCUGCUGCUGGUGACCAUUGUAGGUUGUUCUGCUACCAAGUGCAGUGAGGGGAGGACGUAUCCCAAUGCAGUCAUUUUACCUAACUUGGAAACUGCCAGAAUCAUGAAGGUGCCUCAAACCACCUCCAUGGGGGAAUGCCCAGCUGCUUGCUGUGAGGUGUCCGCUGUGAGGUGUCCCAGCUGUGAUGUAGCUUGGUGGUUUGAGGACCACUGCUACCUGGUGAGCUGCCCUUACAGAGAGUGCUGUGAGCCCAGGAAAACAGGCUCUAUUAGGUCUUCUCUCACCUUUGUGCUCAGGCCUGCCCAGAGGCCUGCACAGCAGCUGGACUAUGGGGAAAUGAUGCUGAACAGGGGCUCCCCUGGAACCCAGGGAGAAUCACCUGAGGAUAUCAGAAAGCACUUUCCCUUUCUGGGCAAAGAUUGGGGCCUGGAGGAGCCAUCUGAGUACUCAGCUGACUAUCGGGAGCUGGCGCAGGAACUAUUCCAGACACUCAGCAAGCAGGAGGCCAAGGGAGACACUGAGUACACUGCCUGGGGCUCGCUGCUGCGUGGCCAGGGACAUUUCAACUCCUCUGCUGGAGACAGCCUGCUGGUUUCAGCCGAGUAGCAGCAGGAGGACCCAGAGCUCCGUAAGCCGAAUGAGUCAGCAUGGACUCCAGCCACAAACACUUCUCCUUAGAGGAGUUUGUUGCUUCCUUUGGUGAUUGCUUCAUCUUCAGGAGAGGUAUUGGAGAAAGAGACUUUUCAGCUCCAGGAACAAUCCCGCAGCAGGUCUAGAAAAGCGGUGGGUGUGGUGGGUUCCAAUACCUUCCACAAUCCUUCUCUAGCCAGCAUGGAGAAAAGCCCAGUUCUCACAGACCCAUGGAGCACAGAGCAUAACAUCCCAACCCUUCCCACUAGCAUCAUUCUUGAGCCCAGUCCAUCUGAGCAACCUGUAUCUGCUACCACUGCUCCCAUCACACAAACAACCUACAACUAUGAAUGGAGUUUAUUAAGCCAUCCUGCAGACUACCAAGGUGAAAUAAAGCAAAGACACAUGCAAACUCUUAAUCUCUCUCAAUUGUCAGUAGGAUUUUAUGCCUUCAAAGUUACAGUUUCUAGAGACAAUGUCUUUGGAGAAAGAUUUGUAAAUGUCACUGUUAAGGCAGCCAGGAGAGUCAACAUGCUGCCCAUAGCAGUUGUGUCUCCUCAGAUGCAAGAACUCACUCUGCUUUUGACGUCAGCUCUCAUUGACGGAAGUCAAAGUACAGAUGAUACUAAAAUGGUGAGUUAUCACUGGGAAGAAAUUAAUGGGCUCUUCCGAGAAGAGAAGACCUCAGCCAAUUCUGCUGUCUUGCAUUUGUCUAAUCUUGUUCCUGGCAACAAUACUUUCAGGUUGACUGUUACAGACUCAGAUGGAGCCACUAACUCCACAACCACAGCCCUAAUAGUCAACAGUACUGUGGACCACCCACCAAUUGCCAAUGCAGGACCAAAUCAGACCAUAACUUUGCCCCAAAACUACAUCACUUUGAAUGGAAACCAGAGCAGCGAUGAUCAUCAGAUUGUCCUUUAUCAGUGGUCCCUGGGCCCCAGGAGUGAGAGCAAAAAGCUGGCUAUGCAGGGAGAAAAGACACCAUACCUUCAUUUGUCUGCAGUGCAGGAAGGAGAUUAUAUGUUUCAGCUGAUAGUGACAGAUUCUUCGAGACAACAAUCCACUGCUGUGGUCACUGUGACUGUACAGGCAGAAGACAACAGGCCUCCAGUGGCUGUGGCUGGCCCCAGUCAGGAGUUGGUCUUCCCAGUGGAAAGCACUACCCUGGAUGGCAGCAGGAGCAGUGAUGACCACAGUGUUGUUUUCUACCACUGGGAGCAUGUCAGAGGCCCCAGUGCAGUGGAGAUGGAAAAUGUCAACGAGGCCAUGGCCACUGUGACUGGGCUUCAGGUGGGUACCUAUCAAUUCCGUUUAACAGUGAGAGACCAGCAGGGACAGAGCAGCAUGGCCACCGUCACAGUGACUGUGAAGGAGGAAAAUAAUAGUCCUCCCAGAGCCCAGGCUGGUGGCAGACAUGUUCUUGUGCUUCCCAAUAAUUCCAUUACUUUGGAUGGUUCAAGGUCUACUGAUGACCAAGGAAUUGUGUCCUAUCUGUGGAUCCGGGAUGGCCAGAGUCUGGCAGCAGGAGAGAGUACUUAAAAGAGACUUGAUGUCCUCGGUGGCUCUGAACGCAGUGCAGUCCUACAGCUUACCAACUUGGUGGAGGUAGUCUACACUUUCCACUUGCAAGUAUCUGACAGUCAUGGGUCCUCAGACAUGGAUACUGCCACUGUGGAAGUGCAGCCAGACCCUAAAAAGAAUGGUCUGAUGGAGCUGAUCCUGCAGGUUGGUGUUGGGCAGCUGACAGAGCAGCAGAAGGACACCCUUGUGAGGCAGCUGGCCGUGCUGCUGAACGUGCCAUGCCGUUUGGACAUUAAGGUUCAGAAAGUUCAGGCCCACUUGGAUCUCAGCACCGUGAUUGUGUUUUAUGUACAGAGUGGACUGCCAUUCAAAGUCCUCAAAACUGCUGAAGUGGCCCGAAAUCUGCACAGACGACUCUCGAAGGAGAAGGCUGAUUUCUUGCUUUUCAAAGUCUUGAGAAUUGACACAGCAGGCUGCCUUCUGAAGUGCUCUGGUCAUGGCCACUGUGACCCCUUAACAAAGCAUUACAUUUGUUCCCGGCUGUGGAUGGAGAAUCUGAUACAGUGUUACAUCCACUAUGGGGAGAGCAACUGUGCAUGGAGUGUAUUGUACGUGACAGUGCUGGCUGUCACUCUCACAGUGCUGAUGGGGGGCUUCGCUUGGCUUUGCAUCUGCUGCUGCAAGAGACGAAACAGGACUAAAAUAAGGAGGAAAACAAAGUACACCAUCCUAGAUGACAUGGAUGACCAAGAAAGGAUGGAGUUGAGGCCCAACUAUGGUAUUAAGCACCGAAGCACAGAGCACAACUCCAGCCUGAUGGUGUCCGAGUCUGAGCUUGACAGUGAUCAGGGCACACUCUUCAGCCGAGAGAGGACGGAGAGAAGAGACUCAAAGGUCUCCAUGAACAGCUCUGUCAGGAAUGGAGCUUCCUUCAGCUAUGGCUCCAAGGACAGAUAA